AGCCAACCCCGCCCAUGGCUAGCUCCAGAGGAUGGGAGCCACAGCCCCGGGGCUAACUGGGAAAUUUCCAGACUAGCUAACGUCCCAAGCUGAAGAGCCCUUUCCUGGGCCAGAGCCGGGGUCCCCCUGGCCCCCCAGCACCCCCUCCUCCCCUCUUAGGGCACCAGGAGGCUGCCUGUGCCCUGUGCCGCCGCUGAGGAAUCCCCCAACGCCACGGAAGUGACAACCGGACCCUGAAGGAGGACAGAGAUGCAACAAGAGCCCAAACCUGGAGACCUGAUUGAGAUUUUCCGAACGUGCUACCGUCAUUGGGCUGUUUAUGUGGGUGAUGGUUAUGUCGUCCACCUGGCACCUCCAAGUGAAUAUGCUGGGGCUGGUGCCUCUAGCAUCAUGUCAGCCCUGACAGAUAAAGCCACAGUGAAGAAGGAACCGCUCCAUGUGGUGGUCGGGACUGACAAGUACCAGGUGAAUAACAAACAUGACAACAGGUACCCGCCGCUGCCACCCAGCAAGAUCGUCCAGCGGGCUUUGGAGGAGGUGGGGAAGGAUGUCCUCUACAAACUGACCAGUGAGAACUGUGAGCACUUUGUGAAUGAGCUGAGAUAUGGAAUCCCUCUCAGCGACCAGGUCACAGAUUUCCUCGUGCGAGCCGGGAUAGCUGGCGCUUUGGGUGUUGCCAGCAUCGCUGUUUUCAGUGUUUUCAAGAUGUUUUCAAGAAACAGACAGCAGAACCAGUAAGACAGCCACUCAAGCUCCAGUAGUAGCUUAGCUGCGCCAUGACUUAUGUUGUACCUUAUCACUUUUAAUAAAGAUGGUUUUAUUUCCAAAAAAGAUCCCCUGGGAAAUGGCCCAGGAUGAGUCUGUUCCAAGCUCUCCCUCCUAGUUUAGACUGAAAACUGAAUUAUCUUCCAUAAAUCUUUCCUGUUUCAAUGCUA